AUGCAAGCUCGACGUGCUUCUUCUUCUGCUUCGCUGCCUCCACCUUCAUCGCCUCCAUCGGCUGCCGUUGAAGCGAGAAGCCCUCCAUCGCCUGCACAAACCUUGUGGACCGCCCACCCGUCCCCAACCCCGACACUUGGUCACUCAAGCCCAGAGCUUCCUCACCUGCCUUCCUUUGGCCUGGGGAGCAAUCCCAGAACGCCCUCGACAGCCGCGAGACAGGAUCGAACCGACAGUUCGUACUAUACUGCUAGUUGGGGCAGCCCCUACCGGAACCCGCCCCCUUUCUCCAACCGCCAGAGCCAUACUUCGAAUCACUUCGGCAGUGACGAUCUGGAAGAGGAUUCUUCCCAUCUUCAAUUCAGCUUAGAGCAUCUGCUUCCUCCGACACUCGUGCAAGAUAAUUCGCCAAAUCGAUUCAAUCUCGAACAUCUCAUCCCACGCCUGGAGAACAGCCCUUCGCCCACACAGUUCAACCUCGAACACUUGAUCCCAUCUCGUCUGCUGACCAAUCUCGAGACUCCGACCAGAUCCCAAUACAAUUCGGGAGCCACCCCACGAGCCUCCACGUUCAACGCUGCUGGUACCACCGAAGCUUGGGUCCGUCGGUUCCUAGAACAGCGCUGGGAUCCUCAAGCAAACGACUGGUUAAGCGAUAGCACGGCAGAAAGCGAAUCAGAGCAGAGAUCCGUUAUCGAGCAAGGGAACGCAGAAAUCGCCCAACAUAAGACCCACAGGUCCAGAAGGAGCAACGUAACACUCAACCAACAAGAUUUUUGGUCUCAUUUCAGUGAGGGCCAAAAGGAACAACUCGGCAAGAUGAUGGCAUCAAGAUAUGCACCGUCUCAGAAAGAGAAAGAGACGCAUUCGCGCCAGGGAUCUGGUGGGAGUUUGCGAUCAGCACUGGGACGUAGUGUACAUGCAGACAAGCCCGCCUCCCCCAAGGAGACGCCCCUCCCAGAGUCACCCAAAACGGCGGUAGAAACUCCGAGCAAGAAUUUCCUUGCGCCGCCUGCGCCCAAGACUGCCACGCCCCGUGUGCGCAAGAAGGUCAUGGUCAAGGGGAAGGGAUGCAUCAUAUCGAUCCCUCGUGAUAUCCCACGGGGCUCACCCGGGUUUCCGCCCACGCCAAUGACGGCAAAGGCGUUGGAGGACAAGAUUCGGCGAUUGGAAAAUGAAGGCUAUGAUACCCGUGGAUUCGGCGCAUGGAGGGGUAUGAGAGAAGCCGAUGAUCUUGCGCUGUCCCAGAACCGUGGUAUCUGGCCUAACGAAGCAUAUGUAAAGUCAGAUCGUGCUGCGGGACUCAAAGUCCGGGUUCCCAACAAAGCUGAUUGGGACGCAUACACGAAUCAUCUUCUGGAGGCGAAAUUGGCUGCAUUAGGAGUUGACGUGCCUAGCAAGGAAGAAUCGCCUUCCCCCAUGUCUAGACAGGCCUCCGUUGCAACAUAUCCGGGCCUUCCAUUUUCGCCGCCACUCCCGACCCCAUCGGGCGGCAGCCACCGCGGCCGCCAGGGCAGUGUUGUGUCUUCGUCUUUCCCUCUCGGGCCAUCUCCUGGUCACAUGUCACGACAGUCAAUUGCAUCUCCCGCUGCAUUUGGUAAUGUGAACGCUCGACCGAGCAUGCACAUGCAUAGGCAUUCUACCUUCUCUCCCGCCAGCCUGUUGCAGCAGACAGCGUCGCCAACGGGGGCGUUCUCUCCUGCAAGUUAUUUCAAUCUGCAGGGUGCUCGUGGAGGAUCGCCUGCGUUGCCAUUGAAUAGGAAAGACUUUUCUGGUGUUGCCUCGCCUGGGUCGCCAUUUGGUGUCAUGCCUAAUGCGCAACUUCCUUUGACGCCAUCCCAAACGGAUGAUCUUUUGGUCCAGAUGCAGCAGCAACAGCAACAGCUGCAGGCGCAACUUCUUCAGCAGCAGCAGCAGCAGAUCAUGGGUGGACGUCCAUCUUCCACUCUCGCCGAGGUCCCCGAAGAUGAAGACGAAGAAGAUGCCGCAGAUGAGGUACCCCUGAUGAAGAAUGCUACCUCAUCCAGGCCGGAGAUCGCUGUACCGACUCCUCGUGGCCAUCGUCAUAACAUCAGCGCAAAUCUGGAGCGCGAGGCACGCGAUGCUGAAUAUCAUCUUGAGGAGGCGAUUGAUAAGCAGUUCAAUGAAGGGGGGGAUUUCAGUACUGAACCUGAAACUGAACAACUCAAGCCUUCAAAACCUGUUGCUGAUACCAAGUGGGAUAGCUCUCGCUCCGUUUUGCACCAACCACAGCCUCACAGCAGGGCCCACUCUCUCGCCCAGCCCCAGCAAUCUGUGCCCUUCUCCUUCCCUGCACAGCCCGAAAACCCUCGCGGAGAGAGCGACGGCGCGAAAUCUGCUGUUUCUGAAGUUACCAAUCCCAGCCUUGAAGAAGGUGAGAUUCGUGAGGAUGACACAGUAAACAGUUCGGCACAGCACUCCAAGGCGCCCUCGCAAGUCAGCAACUCAUGGCGAGAUUCCAAAUUUGCAUUCGGCAAACCUGCAGGCUCUGCGAUGCACAGCAAGCACACUUCGCGCUCUUCCAUCUCAAAAUUGAACGUGGAAGCGAAGGAAUUCAAAUUUAACCCUGCAGCUUCGUUCAGCCCAGGAUCCUCCUUCUCUGGCUUCUCGACUUUUACGCCUGCGCUCAAGUCCCCUGCCGACGGCACUACACAGAGCAACCGGACGAGUGUUGAUGGCUUCUCCAGCCUGAAAAUCUCGGCACCAGCUUUCAAGCCGGACGCACCCGUCUUUCGGCCAGAUGCUCCUGCGUUUCAAUUCAAGCCCGCUGUCGAAGCGCCAGUCUUCAAACCGGCCAUUGAGGCUCAUUCUUUUACACCCGCUGCGCAGACUUCCGAGUUCAAGCCUUCUAAAACUAAUUCGACCAUGCCAUCCACUGGAUUCAGUUUUAAUGCUCCAUCAUUCAAUCCUGGAAAUGCAGAGUUCACUCCCAGCACGAAUGUGUCUAAUAACAAACUCGCGCCGAAGAUCUUCGGGAACGUGUCUAUCUCGGAAAGUGAUAUUAUCAAGCCUGCCAAACGCUCCAAAGCGAUACCGAUCGUGCGGCCUGAUGCCACCCGCCAGAAGACACCUGAAGAGGGCGAAGACAAGGAAGAUGAGGAGGGCCGUCCCAUGCAAGCUGAAGGAAGGGAAAAGCGAGCCCGUCGGGUUCAGGAUGACGGUGACGACGUGCCUCGGUUUGCACUGCAUCCUAUCCUUCCCUCGCAGCCUACUGCUGAACCCAGGGAAUUCUCUUCGCCUGUCCUGGAUCACGCAGAGAAAGCUGCUGCGCCAACAGAAAAAGAGAACCUGUCGCCGGGUGGCUCGCGGGCUGCGUCUAAAUCGAAGAGCCCUGAACCAUUGUCACUGUCACAAGCAACGGCUGCCGCUGAACCUAGCACCCCUGGCGCUCAUACAGAGGAGUCUCAAACGCCAAUUGAUGAUCUCUCUAUGCAUGAGAGUGACGUGACUCCUACCGUGGAAGAAAUACACAGAUCAACAAAGAAGUCGUCGCACCGCAGUUCACUAUCAGCUACUGCCAAACCAUUUGAAUUUCAGCCACAGUUUGGCACUGCCGGAUACGACUUUGGUAUCCAUGUUACCAAACCAUCUGUCACGCAAGCCGACGCCGAAGACACUCCCCCUCUCCCACCACGCAAUGUGAGCCGAAGCCCCGCCACGACUUUCCGGCCUAGCGAUGAUGGGUCCUUCAAGACUGCUUUGGAAAGUCGCAGGCAUGUGCCGUAUCCCGAGAGUGAGAGUGUUGAUUUUGAUCACCUGGGUCAAGCCUCGUUUAAUGACAUCGACGCUGUGAUGAAGCACAUGAAUGAAGAAGGUUCUGAUUUUGGUGUUGAGCGCGAUGAAAACUCGUGGGAGCAGUCGUCUCCAAGAAGAACGCCCCACGAUUUCGACCGUAAUGAUUUCCCGCCUAUCACCAACUUGCGUAGCGAUGCACCUAGUCCUAGCCCCCGCAGACUACAAGCGCCGCGUAACAUGCAAGCGUCGCUUACGUCAACGGCACAAGAUCCAUUCGACGACGAACGCGCUGGGCUCGCGUACGAGUCGCCUGUGCACCGUCUCAACAACGCGGAUGACGUACCGAUGAGCGAUUGGGACGAGGGCCUUGUUUCCGAUGGCCAGGAUAAGAUUCAAACCCGCAGCAAAUUCUUCGACACUCAUGUGGACAACAUCAUUGGUCGUCUGCUGCAGAACCGUCUGGGUCCGCUUGAGAGGAACUUGCAGGGUAUCCAAGAUGCUAUUGUCAUGAUGUCCCAGCAACGCGGUCGGCGCAGCCUGUCUACUACUGGGCGACUUGAUAGCGACGCCGACGACGAGGACGACGAGUGGGGUACCGAUUCACACUUCCGCCAGCGCUCUCCUGGAAAAAAUAGGAAGUUGGAAAAGAUCAGAUCCAUUGUCAAAGAGGCGCUUGAAUCGCACCAGUCCCCUGUACCAUCUGCUACCGAGCCGAUCCUUCCCGAGAAGAUCCGCGACAUGGUUGUAGAAGCACUAGCCUUACAGCAACAACAGCAACCAGCCGAGCAACUGAAGGUAGAAACUGUCAGGGAAGCCAUCAUGGAGGCUCUCACCCACCACCAGCCUCAAUGGACACCGCCCAAAUACGAACCUGUUCCUGCAGAUGAGAUCCGCGCCAUCGUGGAGGGAGCGAUUGUCGCCCACAAAGUGGAACCGGUCGCCGAACCCAUCAAACCAGAUGACGUCCGUUCGUUUGUCAUGGAAGCUUUUGCGACACAUGCCCCGCCACCGAUGCCUGCUCCAGUGCCCGAACAGAUCUGGCCCGAUGAUAUCAAAGCCAUCAUCACUGAAGCUCUAGCUUCACAACAACAUGAGCCUCAAGAGUCCCUCCAACCCGAGGCAAUCCGAUCAAUUGUCACCGAGGUCGUAACGUCUCAUCAGCCAGCCCCUGUUGAGCCUGUGCAGCCUGAGACCAUUCGUUCCAUCGUUGCGGAAGCUCUUGCAUCUCAUGAGUCCGCUGCGCCUGUCUCUGUUCCCGAGCCUGUACAGCCAGACAUGAUUCGAUCCAUUGUGGCCGAUGCGCUGGCAACACACAAGCCUAUACCUGCGCUCGCACCGGCCCUUGAAGCUCCAGUUGAUAUUCCUCAGCCACAGGUCGACAUGUCCGAGAUCUAUCAAGUCAUUGGUAGCUUGAAAGCUUCCAUCGCGCAAACCACCAGCCACCACUUGCAAGCCGAAGACGUUCGUGAACUGAUUGACGAUGCUUUCAGACGUCAAAAUGUGGAAAAUUCCAAGAAAGAGGAAACGCAAGCCAACACCGAGAAGGAUAUGCGUAUCGCGGCCCUUGAAGAGAAACUGCGCGAGUCAAAAAUGCAGUGUGAAUUGCAAUCAAAUUUGCGCGAAGAACUAGAAGUCCGCGAGGCAAACAGCGCACGAUUGCUCGAUGUGACGGAGAAGGAACUAGCUCUCUUGCGUGAACAGGCCGGCGAUGACGAGAACAAGAUCCGUGCUUUGCGCGAGGAGUGCGAAGUCUCUCGCCGUAGCAUUGACUCGUUCCAGGCCGGCGAUGAAGAGGUUCGCAUCAAACUCACUACACUUUCCGCGGAGAACGAUGAUCUCAGAGUAAAAGCUACCGCCCUGGAAUCCACUGGAAUAGAUUACAAGAGGAAACUGGAAGCUGUCACUGCUGAGAAUGAGGCUCUUACCUACACGCUUGAGGAGCAUCGUCUAUCCACGAACAAAUGGAGGGGCGAUCUCCAGCAGGCCCACGAAGAGUCUGACAAGCUACGCAAAGCUGUCGAACAAUCCCGUCUCCAGGCCGAGGAGUCUACGCGUGUGCGGGAAGGAAUGCGGGCGAAAUUCGAUAAGCUUCAGCAGGAUAUGGUAGUCGCAUCUGGCCAAGCCGCAGCUGAGCGUGCAGAGUGGCAGAAGAGUGAUGAGGCGCAUAUGAAGAAGUACGAGGUCCUCAGCGCUCGUAUCGAGGCAGAAGGCCGCACUCGCGAGCGACUCGAGCGUGAGCUUGAGAGGCUAGAAGGACAGGAGCGCGAAUUCAUGAAACUGAGAGUUGCGCUCGAACAGACCCAAAAACACAACCAGCGGUUGGAGGAAACCCUCGAAGAAACUAGGCAAGAAGGCUUGGAGCACAAGAGGGCCGCCGAUCGUUAUGAACGCGAAUUCCGAGAGGCUCGAGAGGCAGCGCAUGUAGAGAUCCGCCGCAUGCGCGUGCUCUUCGAUGCCGACAUCGACAAAGCCAACAACGAGGUAAACAUGGUACGCCACCAGCUUGAGAGUGAAAUUGCCCGAGUCAGAUCGGAACUCGAUAACGUCCGCAUGGAUGCCGAUACCGCCAAGGAGAAGCACGAGCUUGACCUGGAGGCCGCUUCUGAUGCGAAGAAUGCAGCUUUGCAGGAGGCUUUCGAAAGCAGGAACUUCGCUCUUCGGGAGCAGCAACAGGCUCUUGAGCGCCGCUUUGAACUAAUUAGCAACGAGCACGCUCGUGUCUUGGACAUUGCUCGCGAAGACAAAGAACGUGCAGAGGUUUUCCACAAUGAACGUCUAUCGCUAGCCGAUUCCAAGAUGGACAACCUACAUGAGAAGGUUGCUCUUCUUGAGGAGAAGCUUUCUGUUGCGAAGGAAGCCGCCAGUGCUGCAGUCGCCGCCGCUCAAAAUGGCAAAUCACCUACUGGCCCAUCUUCAUAUGCAUCCGGUUCCGAUAAGAUUUCUCCCCAAGCUCUCCGCGAAUCAAUUUCCGUUCUUCAAGAGCAAUUGCAAGAGCGUGAAUCUCGCAUCGAAUCAUUAGAACAGCAACUCGAGGGAGUCGACACCGAAGCACCUGCUAAGUUGAAAGAACGCGACACGGAAAUUGGUUGGCUUCGUGAGCUCCUUGGUGUGCGCAUCGACGAUAUCAACGAUCUCAUCAAUGCGCUUUCUCAGCCGGCUUUUGAUCGUGAGAAUGUUCGCGACGCAGCAAUUCGUAUCCGCACCAACUUGCAGAUGGAGCAACAAGAGAAGGAACGUCUUCUUUCGGGUGACUCAAAGAGCUUCCCAACACUAGCUACUCUUUCCAACUUUGCAUCGCCUAAGGCAGUGCAACUUGCAGCAGCGAUCGGGAGUUGGAGAAAGGGACGUGAGCAUGCCUCAUCUGCUCUUGCCGGCGGCGCAUCCUCAAACAGCGAUGCGGCAUCACGCACGCAAACGCCAUCCCGAAGCGGCCCUGCCUCAGCACAAUCUUUUCUCUCCGGGCUCAUGACCCCGCCAACCUCAAAUCUCCGCCGAACUCCCGACCUACCAUCUUCAGGUCUGCGCCCCCAGGCGCUUCUUCGCUCCAACUCAUCGAGCUCCCGCGGCUCUGCUGCUGGGUUUCCUGUUCUCGGCAAGCAAGCCAUGACUGUACCAAGUACACCGCCCCUGAUGCGCAAAUCCAGCUAUGACCAAGAUGCAGCGGAAGAGCGUUUCAGCGAGAGUGGUUUUUACGAUGACGAAAGCACUGUCGACGGAGAAUUGACACCCAUUGGGUUGAAUUUUGGUCAUGAACUCCGUCGGUAAAUGCUGUCAUACCGAACACCCCCACUGUUUUGUCGCCAGACCAGCGCGACUAAUUUGCACACUAUAAUCCAAUAUUUCCUUUGUACAGAGAUCAAUAGUUUCGUUUACCUUCGCCUCAUUCAAUUCAUGGGCAUCCACUCAUUUCGCUGUUAUCACUGUUUCAUAUCAUGUUCGUGUGUAUGCGUCUACGUAAGCCCCUCUCCUUAUAUACCUGCAGCUCUCGUAAAGAUUGCUCUCUUCUAAUACUUUGUACCAACCUUCUUUAUUUUUCAUCUUGUUUGGGUUGUUCUUUGCUUUCCAUUGUUUUGCUAUCGUUGUUCAGCGAAAUAUGAGAGAGCAUGGAUGGAUUAUAUACCCCCAGUGUGUGUGUGUUUCGUUUCUUACCUCUUACCCUCCACCGAGAUUGAAUAUAUUAUAUAGAUAGAUAGGUUUCCUUUAUUUUGCUCUUGUUUGCUCGCGUGCUGGUUCGUAUAUUGCUCCUUUAUGGAAACUAAAUUGUAAUUAUUACCUAUCUCAUUGUGUCGCCGUGUAACUACAAAUUUUCUCUCAGGUUCAUUUCCUAGCCUGUCCCAUCGACUGCAGCCCAGUGUUGUGUGAAUACCGCGAUCGUUAUGCCCAGCCUUUUCUUUUUUUUUGGCACAAAAUGCAAUAACAAUAAGCCAUGGAAGAACAUAAACAUAAAAUGAACAUGCCACGAACGCGAAUAGAGAACGCCACGCAAGCAAUGAGAGGUUAAAAGAAGUAGAUAGGAAAAAGACACUGAGCAGUGUAUGAGGAAAUCUUCAUUCACAUGGAUUAAAUAAAAAAUGUGUUGAUAGUAUAUGGUUGGCGUUAAACGU